AUGACCUUCGCUUUGCCUGUCCACCUGACCUUUUGGAUUAUGCUGAUGCCGGUGGUUACCACGACUAGCCCCCAUGUGCCUGUUAAACAGACGUGGUCAAUUGUAAACCCCAACACUGGAGAGGUCGCCAACGCCAGCUCGUCUACUCUUUAUCCACCAAAAGCCUGGUUUCCAGAUCUGUUUGUAGAUCUUUGUGAUAUUAUAGGGGGAGAGUGGGACCCUUCCGACCAGGAGCCUUUCCCUGGGUAUGGUUGUGCCAGCCCAGGACAAAGACAUAGUACUAGAAACCAACGAUUCUAUGUCUGCCCUGGCCAUAGUCGAUCUAAAUCCCAACUUAAAAAAUGUGGCGGACCAGGGGAAGGUUAUUGUGCUGCCUGGGGGUGUGAGAGCACCGGAGCAAUUUGGUGGUCUCCCCCCAUUAAGGACCUUAUAAAGGUCGAGGCCUGGAAUAGAAACAUGCAGGGAACUGGCACUUGCACCGGACACGGGGCUUGUGGACCUUGCUAUGACUCCACAAUAUGGCCCGGCCGACCAUGGGCAACCCCAGGUGGUCGGUGUAAUGGAUUAAAAAUCAGCUUUACAAACCGGGCAAAAUCAAUAGAUUUGUCUAAAUGGACACAAGGCCUCUCUUGGGGACUUCGCCUGUACCGAACCGGCUAUGACCCAGCCACAACCUUUACCAUUCGGCUACAGAUGGAACCUCUUUACAUAGCUAUUGGGCCAAAUUUAGUUAUUACUAAUCAACAAAAACCAAUAGCUUCAAAAACCAAUACAACCCCCAAAAUGCCUAAUGCAAACGUGUCUUUGCCAUCCCGGACAUUGCCAACCCCAAUUGUUGGCCAGUCCCAUACAAAUGAUAGGCUUUUUAACUUAAUAUUGGGGGCUUACAUAGCCCUAAAUGCUUCAGAUGCCAACAAAACACGAAAUUGUUGGCUUUGUCUUGCUUCCAACCCUCCCUAUUAUGAAGGAAUUGCAUUUGACGACAGUUUUACUAAUGUCUCUACCCCUGACACUAGGUGUCAGACUCAACCCCAUAGACUGACACUUUCUGAGGUCUCUGGAGCAGGUCUUUGCCUGGGAAAAGUCCCCGCCACCCACCAACAUCUGUGCAACAAGACUAUUUCAACCUUGGGUCCAAGGGGCUUUUUGUUGCCCCCCACUGGAUCUUAUUGGGCCUGUAGCACGGGAUUAACACUUUGUGUGGCCAUUGAGGUAUUUAACCACUCCUCUGAAUUCUGUGUACUAAUUCAGCUAUGGCCUCGUGUCACUUACUAUGAGGAACAAACAUUUUUGCAAUUAUUUGAACAAAAGCUCAGGUAUUCCCGGGAGCCUCUAUCUGUAACCUUAGCCCUUUUGCUUGGUGCUGGCGGCAUAGCUGCGGGAAUAGGCACAGGGACCACUGCCCUAAUACAAACUAAGGAACUUUUGCAAUUACAAGCAGCUAUGACCGAGGACCUUGAAACUAUAACAAAAUCCAUUUCUGCUUUAGAAAAAUCCUUAACCUCACUUUCAGAAGUAGUGCUACAAAACAGGAGAGGCCUGGAUCUAUUGUUUUUAAAGGAAGGAGGCCUAUGUGCCGCCUUAAAAGAAGAAUGCUGCUUUUAUGCAGACCACACUGGGGUGGUGAGGGACUCCGUGGAAAAAUUACAAAAACGUCUAAAACAAAGACAUAUUUUCCUCUCCAGUUGGAGUUCCGGAGCUGGGAGCUGGGUCGGGGGCGGGAUCAGUCAUAACUCUCUGCUGUCCACGUUACUCCCUUUCCUCGUCCCCUUAAUUACCCUCCUCCUCUUCCUUGCUUUUGGCCCUUGGGCUUUUCAACGACUAACCCAGUUUAUUAAAAAUCAGAUCAAUUCGACCUUUACCAAAACCGUUUCAGUACACUACCAUCGGGUAGAAACCCAAGAACAGGCUGUUGAGGCAGAGCAAGGGCUCAGGUUCAGCGCCUCACGGUCCCAACCUCCCCCCCGGGGCUAG